ACUUCGGCGUUCCACCAAGCAUCAGGAACGUUGUGCACUGUCUCUCCACCCAUCACUGCUGACAUAAACGACUGCUUGACUGGAGCGGAGCCACUGGACAUUAUGCAGAAACUCGGACAGUUUGAAGGAGAAGAACGGGCAACAAAGCGAGGAAUCUAGAGAAACUGGAGCUUGACUCAGCUGAUAUUUCUUCAAAAAAUGCUGAGAAUCAGGAAAAAAUAUGCACCGGAUGAGAUCAAGUUUGACAAGAAGCAUUCACUUGUGGAAAUGUGGACUUAGCCAUUCUAGCUGAAGAAAUCUUAACAUGAGGUGAGAAAAAGGUAAAGAAAUCAUGCAAACCAACUGGAACAUGUCCAAAGUGGAUAACAACCCUUCAGCGAUCCGUUUUAAUCCAAUGGACUCUGUUUUCAACCACUUUCCUUAAACAACUGUGUAAAUGCCUUUUGUCCGAUGUACUCUAUCCUAACUCUUGGACUUAAAGUCUUACAAUUUUGUAAUUAGAUGUCUCAGUCGAGCAAUCAACCAGACGGUCAGGCGUUACUGCAGUCUAUGUUGGAGAGACUGAAACUCCAGCCUGGAAGAGAGAGGCACGCACACGAACAUGCGGAUGAACCGCUCCCCCCUGUCCCCACAUGUGGGGCAGAUGGAGUGAAAGAAAGAGAAGAUGUUACGAAUGGUUAUGCGCUUGGUGUUCCUGCAAAAAGAUUUGAGGUAUCUUCUGUGGAUAACAGUUUUAGACCGAAAGAUGAAGAGAGACUUCAGCCAGUUCGUGGCUUUGAAAAGUACAGAGGUCACUUUUUCUUCCCGCCCCAGAGAGACAACAGCCCCAUGGGGGUAAACAUGGUGUCGGGGAAUGUCAAUUCCCCUCAGAUCUCCAAUGCUUCAACGGGGCAACACUUUUCGGCAAAAGCUCUUCCUUCCAUAGGGAGAACUGAUUCUGGGGUCCAACAGGAUAACAUAUUUGGAAAUAAAGACCUGGACCAUGGCUUUAAACACAAUGUCCAUGACUGGUCAUGGGGAAGCACUGAUUUUACAGCGGACAAUCAAGGGAAUAAAGCGUUUCAGGCUGAAAAUGGAGGACUCGGAGAUUUGUCUAAAUGGAAAGACAUGCAAAUGAUCUCUCGUAAAGGCAGCAUGACCAAGAGAAAGCAACGAUCAAUUGAAAACAAAGGAAAGAGAUGGACUCACAAACUCAAGGAGAGAUGGCUGGAAAGGAAAGGAAAAGAUGAGUCCAAGGAGGAUGAGAGAAACACGAGUUCAGCACAAAGCCAUCUUACCAACACAACAUAUCAAAACGCAGAAAUGACCGUCCCAUUGCUAGGCAGCAGUGAGAACCCGACAGCACAAUCCGAGGACGACACGACUGACGCAUUUAUCAGAUCAAGCGAUGACUUUCAGUUUAGCUUCAGCUCAGUCAGCUUGUUGGAGGAGAUUGUCUCGGGCCAAGAGUGGGCCAAGUUCCUGAACACUGACUUGUCAGACUCCUCAACCAACCAGAAAACACCAGAGAAGACACUGAGCAGCCCAGAUGUCACACCUAAACCAAGUCAUAAUGGUCCAUCCAAUUUUGCUACCCGCCAGACAGAAGGUGGGAACAAACAGUGGAGCUUCAAGGCCAGUGAGCCGCUGCCAGUUCAUAAUGAUCCUGUCAAUGCAAACUUCCCGGACGAGCCUGCACAGAACAGCACAGCACACAGAGAGGCUGAUCAAUCGGAGCCAAUGGAACAAGGUCAAAGUCAAUCAUAUGUGCAACUGAAGCAGAGUGGACUCACACAACCAAAAACUUCCUAUGUGGAGCGAGCAGACAUUUUGGAUGACUCACCGCCGACCAGCAGAGUCAACAGGAAGCGACAACACCACUCAGCUGUGACAUCUCAAAUGGGCUGGGGAGGAGAGGGACAACAAAGACAAGGAGAAGAGUUGCCAAACAGCAAUAAGACGGACGGUGCAGAGCAGAAAACCACCCCAGUCUUCUUUGGCCCGAAUGGAUCUUCAGCACCUCCUGUUCCCUCCCAUUUUUCUCCUCGUGGUUCUGUGCCCCGGAGUGUCCUCAGACACUCCGCAUCCCGCAAUUCUGAUUCCUUAUGGGGAAGCAAAAGGAGACGAGUGGAGCCCAACAGGCGGGUGCAUUUUGCAGAGACAGUUCAGGUGAUACCACCGAUUGAAGUAGUUCUUGAUACUUGGGACUCAGAGGAGGAAUAUGGAACAGAACUGGGGAUUGGAUCAGAGGAAGAGGAGGAGGAGGAGGAGGAGGAGGAGCGCAUGGCAGCAGGGGAACAGAAGGAGGUGCCGGCACGCCGACAUGCUCUUCCUGCUUGGAUACGGGCCCUGAAGAGAAAGAACACUGGCAGGAAGCACAGUUAGUAAUUAUGCCAGUGAAACCUGUCUUUUGCUCACUUAUUUACACUAUUUAAACACACUUGUCUAUGGGAACCCAUACAAUAUAUGCAUCAAAAAUUGUGCCUUCACAAAGAUAAUAAUGCACAAUUUUGAUCGACACAAAAAGGUAUUAGCUGAACAAUGUUUAUUAUAAUGGUUGUUUGCAGUGGUGUAGAAUUGUACUGCAUCAUAUUGAGAGCUGUGCAGUAUUUUGGUUACCUCAUGCAGUUACUGAAGUGUUACAUUUGUGAAUUUCCCUUGUGGGUGAAUAAAGUAUCUAUCUAUCUAUCUAGCUAUCUAUCUAUCUAUCUAGCUAGCUAGCUAGCUAGCCAUCUAGCUAGCUAAAUGGUGCAGUACAGUACAUUUCUACACCACCGCGAACGAUGAUGGCCUUAAUUAACACCGAUCAGUUAACAACCAUUUAAACUGAAAUCAUGGAUUGGUUUAUACAUAUAUAAGUAAAUACACGGUACAUGUAUUUGAAGAUAAUUUCUGGAAACAUUUGCAAAGACUGAGAACUAUGUAGUACUGAACUGCAGAGAUAUAUCAUUAAAUUGUUUUUCACCAUUUCAGUUUUCCAGAUUUUUUUGGGGCGUGGAGUCCGGCAAGCCCGUCACCCAACUCCCCCAACAUAUAAAAAACUUGCUUUGCAUCAGUGGUUAUCUGGCACAAUUGUGAGUUACUUACAAUUCCAAGGCCCAUUUCUACAACUACAGUACAGGAUUCAGUUAUCUAUUUAGCUAGCUUGGCAACCCGAAAAUACAUCUUCCCAAAAUGCCACGAUUUACAGAACAACUCAUAAAUCCCCAAGCGAGAAGUGGUGCAGUGGACGAAUCUGUCACUUGUCCCCUAUCUAAUAUAAGCCGCAGAAGCUUGUUUGCUCUGGAGCUAGCUGGUGGCUCGCGCCUCUCAUCGUGGUGUGAAGCAUCCAGUGACGAGCGGGCAGGAUAAAUUCUAGCGAUAUAUUAAGCGCAUUUGUUUUUGUGGCUAAAAUAUGCAGAGAUAUGCAGCCAUAAGAAAGUUGCUAGACAAAGUACCAUCCAAUUUUCACCUUGGCAUGAUUUUGCUGAAUCAACGGAAACAUACACCAUUUUAAAGCUUUUUUUUAAUCAUUCAAAUUUGGUAGCAUUGUUAAUAAUAGUCCUCUCCAUCCUGUGUCAAAUUUAAGGUUAAUCCAUUUAUUUUCACUGAAAAAGGUACCGUACUUUGACACCUCUCUGUCCGUGUCAAUCAAAACCAAACAAUGUCUUUGUAAAGGCAGAAUUUUUGAUACAGAUCUUUGUUUCCUGUCAUUAUAUUGUGCAAGUGGACAUAAUGUUCCUGUUGUAAUACAAAACACGCUCUCACCACUUCAUUAUGUACACAUCUCACAAUGUCAUGAUCUUUCUGAUGAAACUGCACAGUUUGGAUUGAUUAUGACAGUAUUAUCAAUAAACAAUAUUUGUAGUUUGCAGUGGUGGAGAGUGGUGCACCACAUCAAACUGAGAGACAUUUCUAAUACUUAGUAAUACAAGCGGGGCCACUAUUUACUUUAAUCAUCUCUCAAGGGUCUUUCUUGUAUUCAACCACAUCAGGCAGUUGUAGGAAAUGAAGUAGUGCAUGCUAUUCGAGUUUCCUCAAAAUACUGGAAGCACUAUAACCGGCCUUAAUAGUAUUGUUCACCAGGAUGCCUCCAACCAAAAUGGCACUUGUAUAUGUGACGUACUGUUUAUGCAGUAGCAUGGAGAUUUGUCAUUAUUACAGGGAUUUAUACUGAAAUCUCAGAACUCAAGUACCCUUAAUAAUGUUUGCUAUAUCAGUGUUUACUUUACAUGAGGACUCACUGUUGAUUCACAGAGUACAAGUUUAAAAGCUCCAAUUAGCUUUGAAAGUGUCAGUCACAUCAUUAUGGGAGUGGCAGCCCAUGUUAGGAGGUGUUUGCUGAUAGAGAUGAUAGUAUUGCUUCUUAUACUUGUGCUUCGUUCUUUAUUUAUUAAAGGUAUUGUUUGAUUAGUUGUACCUUUCACAA